AAGCCUUCUACCAAAACCAAAAUUCUUGCAGCAAUUCCCGCAAACAUUGAAAACAUCGUUUUUCUGCAUUCACGUACAACAGGUUUAUCAGAGAAAAGUCAACAACUAAUUUGAGCAUUUAGAAAAAAAUUUGAAGAGAAGGGAAGAGUAUAUAAAAUACUCCUUUGUUUUUGCAGUUUGCCUGACAGCAUUGCCAACCGGACGAACAGUUUGACAGUUUGAUGCUUCAUAGUUGUUGGCUUCAGUUCUUAAAGGCGCUGUGUCACGAAACCGUUUACAAAAUUUCCAACUUUCGAAAAGGCCAUCAAACUGAGUGAAACUUUUAAGUUUAAAAAACUAACUGCUCAAAACAUUAGUAAAAGGUAUAUAAAACAAAGCAAAUACAAAAGGAAACACAGACAGACAAACUUGAAGAGGUUUGAAUCGGAUUGCGUUUGUGGUUUUUGAUAACUGGUUAGCCUAACAGCUUUUAAAAGUUCACCGCUUUGUAUAAUACCUGGGAGACGUAUUUGUUUGGCAGGCUGUGUUUUUGUCACUCACAGGUAACUUAUCAAGUUUCAUAGGGAAUAAGGACGCUAAAUGUGCAUUUACUGAUAUUUCAGUGAUAUCAUUUGUGGUCACGUGACUCAUUCGUGACAGUAUCUUGUCAAUUUGAUUCUUCCUGUCAACUGUAAUGCCUUCAGGCUCUGUUUUGCAAAUGUAGGUGAACCCUCCUGAAGCUGAAUUUCAAAUGACAAUAUCCAAGCUGAGAAAGAAAAAUAAAAUUUUGUCGUUGCUUGUUUACGUCCUCCAUAAAACGCGAAAUAAGACAAAAACGGGAAAGAAAUAAGACAAAAACGGGAAAGAAAUGUACAAAAAAGUGUGAUGCACGUGCGAAGUUGUUGUUUUGCUUAUUAAACCUAUUGUUUUUUUUACGUUCUCGUUGCUGUCCGCGUCGUUGGAUCUCAAAGUCCCUAUUAUCUUGACUAACGUGGUAGAAAAGCCGCCCCGCUUCCAUUUCUUAAGGAUCUUAAUUGACCCACGCCUUUUAAUACAACUGAGUCUGACUAUCCUGAAAGAAUCUUGAAGGAUUCGUUCUCUUCGAUUAAGAAACGAGAUUUAACCUCUGUGUUACUUACUGAUGUAAUAAGACUAAGGACACGAGGAAAGCACGAAGCGAAAAUAUAUUUGGUAAAUAUAGUUGACCAAUCACAACUUGCCGUACUAAGUAAAUAAUGGGGCGGUUUCUAGGAAAACGCAAACAACCGUGUUGCAUCACGGGUGGUCUUUUGAGUGCCCAGUUGCGAUCUUCUUUGACUGGGUAUAUUCUGGUUAUGAUUGCCUGUGGUCAAUCAAAUUUAAGAGUGACUUGAGUUUCUAUUGGUCGUUAUAGACCUAGAAUUGACAGACUGACAAGCGCUUUUACCCUCCUUAGAAGUAGGGUAGUGCAUAACAUCGUCUGUUUCAAUUUAACGCGUUCAGAGAUAUUUUGCGUCCACUUGAAGUGUCCCCUCAGCAGCAGCGGAGAAUUGUACCGACCUUGCAACAUGAAGAUCGUGUUUGGUCUCGCCUUUCUUCUUUGCCUUUCAGUCGAUAAGUUAUUAAUUUUAGUCUUGUUCAAUCUGUUUCUUCUUGUUUAGAUUAGGAAAUGAAAAUGCAAAGGAAAUUUGCUCUGUACGUAAUUUCGCGCCGUUCCCUUUGCUGGCGUUCUUUAUCUUCUUUCUUGGAUCAAGGGUUGUGGCUCGCCAUUUUGCUCACUUUCUUAUCUGCACGUUCCGGACAAACACCAAUGAUUUUCACUCUCAAUUUUUAACUUCAUUCGGAAAGUAACGUUUAAUAAGAGUUUAAUAAGCCAGUGUAAUAUUAGGCUAGAAAUAAACGCGAUUAUAGCCUCCAGGUUUUCGCAUUUUUGAGUAGAAUAAUUAAACACAUCUUUAACUGCUGUGUUGGAAAUUAUUUAGCACGGUAAUGCCUAACAAAGAGGGGGCGAUGUUGGCUAGGUAGCGUAACUUUGUCGAACUUCAGUUCGAUGAAUUUUACGAAAAGCAAGAAUCGAAUUAAAAUGCUUUCCAGUUCUGUAAGAUUCUUUAGUCGAUUCCCCAAACGCAGGUCCGAACGUCCGGUAAGAAACGUCAAAACAGGUAUAGCAAACAAAAAUACAGCUGUUUUGGUAUGAUUGGUCUCGUUUAUUGGGCGCAAGCAGGAUUAGGGCGGUUGUGCAAGAUGGAAGUACGUGUCACACCACUAACAAUCUCAAGUUGCACAUGCACUCAACAUUGAAAAUUUAAUAUAUUACAACUGCGAAAUGCAGAAAUAAAUGAAGAGAAGAUCAUCAAGCGUCGAGCUACUGCCGUGCUAAGCUGGCUCGACUGUAGCUCGACUGCAACACGACUUGGUACGACUUGGUUUCAGACGUCGAAUUUAACUCAGUCGAAUUCUCGGUUUUCACAUGACGUCACCAAAUUCAAACUAAGAAACUAUCGCUUCUUCUUAGUUUCUGCUUUCAUGUGAUAUUAGAGCACCUUAAAACCUUUAUACAAACAAAUUUGCAGUUCAAAAGAGUACUUUGUUUUGCGAUACAGGGCGCCUGAAUUUGCAGGCUUUUGCGUGACGCGGCAUUUAGCUGGCGGCCGGGAAAGCUCUAAUGUGGGUUAAAAACAUCGAGGAUUUUUGGACAUUUUGCUAUUUAAACAUUCCUUGUCUUAGAAUAAAUAUUACUUUAAUCUUUAUGAGCUCCUCAAGCGAAGAAUUCGCGCAUAAGUAGGAAAACUCAAAAACAGAUGUUUCUGUUGGUUUCCGGCGGCCAUAUUUGUGCCCCUGAAUGGACACAAACAUGGCGUCUCCAUACAAAGCUUUAUAAAUUUGGGUAAAACGUUUUUCCGAAUAUCUCGCACACGAACUAUUGCAUUGACCUGAUUCUUGGCAUGGCUUUUCGAAUAUUUAUCUUCUUUCAUUUCCCAGAUUCUAGACUUACCGUAUUAAAAUAUUUCCAUUUUUAUUUCUGCUUUCUCACGUCAGUGAAAACCGAGAAUAGAACGGCUGUUGCUGAAAACAAAACACAAAAAUAAAGAAACGCCUUAGCAAACUUUUGAAUGUAUUCUAAAGUAUUUAUAAAUUAUGAAUUGAGUUCAGCACGGCAGUAGCACGACGUUUGAAACCAAUUCGAUCCUUUGCCGUGUAGGACGGUAAAGCUUGCCGUGGUUCUCGGCAGUAGCACGACUUGGUUUCAAACGUCGCGCUACUGCCGCGCUAAAGUCGAAUUAAAUUCGAUCCAUUGACUUCGGCACGUCAGUAGCACGACGUUUGAAACGGGCCUUAAGCAGUUACGAAAAGAAAGGUAGUAAGCCUGAAUUUUUCAGGCUUUCUUUUCGUAACUGCCUUUGUUGUGUAUUUAACUGCGAUGAUCUUCUCUGCAUUUAAUUGAGCUCAACAUUACUCAGCGACAAAUUGGACGAAACUUUUUGUAUUCAUUUCGUGAUCUCAAAUUUGCAAGAGAAACAGUAAAUGCACGCGACAUAACUAGUUCCUCGUUGUUGUUGAUGUCGAUACUAUGAGCUUUCGCUUAACAGUUUACGCGAGUCUCAGGCCUCUUAAACCAAAGAAUAUAACAUCAAUAACAAAUGUCAGAUUUGUAUACGUAAUAGCAUGAUUUGGCAUAAAUACCACGAGGGAUAUUUCGAAAUUGUUAUACGUAAUUUCACGAGUGAAAUUUGAGACAAUUUUGAAAUAUCACGAGUGGUAUUUACGCCAAAUAUCACGUAUAAAUCUGGCUAUUAUUUGUUUAUACUUCUACCCGUAAAAUGUUUGUAAUUUUCACAUGUAGGUAUUUCAAAUUAAGCUGAAAUACCACUGCUCUAACCAACCAAGUUGCCGCAGAAAUUUCUCAUGUAUUAGUAUAAAUAUUUCAACUCCACGCUUAAGCCUGAAAAAUCUUUUCGUUGUUUGAACUGUAAACUAAUAUGAAAUUUACAAACGGAGAAAAUACAGUUGUUUGCCGGGGGAUGUCUUGGUGUAUAUCAUGCACUGUAAAACCAGCUUUUCUCUUCAUACAAUCGGUGAGUGUUGUAUUCUACUAUUCAUUUCCGGCAUUUAUAUAUCAAAAAAGGUAAGCAAGUACUGAAGUAAUUAAGUAAAUUUUUACUUAUUUCCUAUAACGAAGUGAAGAAAAUUCUUGAUAAUUUCGUACAAUAUUGCACGGAUUUGGUGUCUCUUUAAAAGGACAGGUUCACGGUUCAGCGCAUGCUCGAUAAUCACAAUGCUAUUUUUCGGCCGGGGCAUGCUGUAUCGUCUAUGAAAGCAAAAUGAUCAUGUCAUAAUGUUGUCAAAGAAACAAUCUGCACACUCCCCUAGCAGUCACUUGAUCACCUUAGGUGCAAAUAGCUGUAAAUUAAUCAACCAGGGAAUAAAACCCUCGGGUCAACGAUAAAUUUAACGUUGGCAUAAUCCACUAAUUUUUCUGCGAUUUAGUACUCCUCCAUCCCACUUCAGGUUAGCCCGAAAUACACUUCUACUUUGAAAUACAUUCUGAGAUCGCUGAGAUACAUGUGAGUGGGAUUAUUAAACGACAAAAUUAAUAAUAAAUUGGAAAAAAGUAAUUUAAUUAAUGAGCAUUCAACCUGUCCCUUUAAAAGUAUUCGGAAACCGGAAAAAGGAUGCGUAUUCCAAGAAUGCAUGCGAUCAGUUCCGGUUACAACCCCACAAGCUUUAAUAGCUUUAAAAACUAUCGUGUUUAAAUAAAGAUUAUGUAUGUAUGUGUGUAUGUAUGUAUGUAUGUAUGUAUGCAUGUAUUUUAGUGCUUUGAAUCACCUGAGUGCCGUCCUCUGAUGUAAUGUAAAAAGCGGUUUAUUUGAUUAUCGGUAUUAUGUGAUAGCAUGUCAGCCUGUUACAGAAGGAUAAAAGAGAAUAGGAAAUGGCUGAUGCAGGCAAGGAGAGAGGGCGACAGACCGCCUGAAAUACGCAGUGGCGGAUCCAGGGGAGAGGCCAGGGGACCUGUGCCCCCCCCUUAUUUUUAGACCAAUCUGAGGCUAGAAGCCUGGAUUGUGUCCGUCCUCUAUAAGUUUGUCUAACAUUUCGCGCGUUUUUCUCCGAGAAAAGCUUGUCUAAAGAAAGGAGGUGAAGGGUAAAUAUAUCCAUUUACUACCAAAUGGUUAAAAUCAAAAAUAUUGAAUUGUUACUAUGGGAUAGUUGGGGGUGUCGACCUUCGAGAUUCAGGCUAUUAAUUCUAUUUUUGUAUUUGUUUCCUUUUUCCAGGUUAUGCCCUGAAAUGCAACACAUGUCUCUCUCUUAAGAGCUGGGAUGACUGCAAAAACAACACAAUACAGUUAACCUGUUUAGACAGUCAGGACCGUUGUGGCAAAGCUGAUAUCAAAGCUGAGAACUCAGUCGCAGCAGUUGAAGUCUUUACCAAAGCAUGCGCCGCUUCAUCUGAAUGCAGCGCGAGGGACUGCAAAUCGAUCUAUCCUUCAGUGAAAAUCACCAAAUGCGAAAUCGACUACUGUGAAGGAGACCUGUGCAAUGGAGUCAAAGUACCAAUGGUCAGCGCCAUCAUGCUGUUGGCAUGCGCUAUCGCAGCUUUUGCUCCAUAA